UCCGAAGUUUGGUUCAAGCGUGGUCCAAGAAGGGCUGUGGCUAGAAUGUCCACUGUUAAACACGUUUUAUACGCUUUUAACUGUGUUGACCGUUUCAUAUUUAUAUGUGUGUAGCAGCCUGUUUCCCCAGGAUACGAUUCACAGCAGCCGAUAUCGCAAUGCGCUGGAUUGCGCAUGUACGCCUAUUGCUGUUCACGAGUAUACACGAGUUCAAAGUUUUACGCGACAACAGCUGAGAAAAAAAAGAACAAAAGCAAAAGAUCAACACACCUUUUCGUAAUGGCUGCUGUCGUCGGCGUUGAGUAAAAUAAUGCGCUGCCACAUCCGCCGUGUUGUUUACGUCGUCGUCGCCGUGGUCUUGAUUCAGCUCGCUGUCCAGCUCUUGUUUCUGAUGCAACAACGGCGUCCUGCAACACUCACACGUCAUCUACUUGCUGCGCACAACACGGGUGACGAAUCGUGGGGGAUAUGCAACAACAAGAGAUGCAACCCGGUCAAAGCUGACAUGUUGAACGUCCACCUCAUCGCACACAGUCACGACGAUGUGGGGUGGCUAAAAACAGUCGAGGAGUAUUACACGGGGCGCCAUACAAUACCAUACAGCAAGAGUUUCGUCUAUGGUAAAGAAUGUAUUGCGUGCAUUCUGAAGUCUGUAAUACCACAGCUGCUAGCAAACCCUGAACGCCGUUUCAUCUUUAUCGAGAUGGCGUUCUUCUCCCGAUUCUGGAACGAGAGUGACACCAAAACAAGAGCGAACAUUGUCAAACUGAUCAGAGAAAGGAGGCUGGAGUUCGCGACAGGAGGGUGGUGCAUGAGCGACGCCGCCACCACGUACUACAACGACAUCAUCGAUCAACACACCCUCGGCUUCAACUUCAUCAACACCCACUUCGGCAAGUGUGCGCAGUCCAACAUCGCCUGGCACGUAGACCAGUUCGGCCAUUCCCGGGAACAUUCGUCAAUUUUUGCACAGAUGGGCUUUGAUGCAAUAUUCUUGGGUAGAAUUAGCGACCAGGAUCGUAAUAAUCGAAAGGUGGAUCAAAACAUGGAACAUAUUUGGAAUGCCAGUCCUCGCAACUUAGAAGAUCGGGCAUCUCUCUUCACUCAUGUCAAUCACGAGGGGUAUUAUGCACCGAAAUAUUUUUUGAUGGAAGGAUGGAAUGAAGACCAUAUUUUGCUUCAAAAAGCUGAGUAUGUUGACAGCUUCCUAAAUGUUGUAAACAAAAUUGCUACAUUCUACAAAACAAAUCAUAUUCAAAUUGAAAUGGGAUCGGACUUCGCAUACUCAAAAGCACAUGAAUGGUUCAGCAACUUAGAUGAUUUGAUACAAUUUGCAAAUGAACGGCAAGCGACUGGCAGCAAGGUGAACUUGUUGUACUCCACCCCGUCAUGUUACCUCCACUACGUGCACGCGGCAAACUUCACGUGGACGGAGAAGAACGAUGAUUACUUCCCCUACGGGACAGGAUGGGGGGAGUACUGGACUGGCUUCUACACCAGCAAGGGAGGACUGAAAAAACACGUCAAAGAUGCGGGGGCGUUAUUACAGGCCUGUAAACAGCUGAACGUGUUUACCAGUCCCCACAGCGGACCAGACAGAGUUCAAACCCUUAAAGAAGGAAUGGCUGUGCUUCAACACCACGAUGCUAUAACUGGAACCGAAAAAGAAGCUGUGGUGAGGGACUAUAACAAGUUGCUUAGUGUUGGCCGACAUUCCUGUCAGUCUGUGGUUAGUGAUGCGUACAAAACACUGUCUGGCGAUGUACACCAACCAAAACAGGAGUUCUGUCCCCUGUUGAACAUUAGUUCUUGUCCACCAACAGAAAAAUAUUCUAAGUUUAUUGCUACAAUGUACAACCCAUUGUCCAGAUCAGUGACCUCGUGGAUUCGACUUCCUGUCACCAAAUCUGAAUAUCGUGUUGUAGAUCCUAGCGGAAAUGUGGUACCAAAUGAGGUCCUUCCUUUGUCGGAAUCAACAUUUCAUAUCCCAGAAAGACCAACAUCAUCACCGAAAAAUGACCUCAUAUUUAAAGUACAGUUACCUCCUCUUGGAUUUAAGUCUUAUGUUGUUGAAUCUCAUUCAGAUGCUGAAGCAGGUUCGAAGCCUCAGUUUAUGCCAAUUUAUUCAAAUAAAAUGAAGAUUUCAAACAAUUUAUUGACUGUAACAAUUGACAAGGAAUGGGGGACCAUUACUCAGAUUGCCAAUGUAGAGAGUGGAAUAUUCAUCAACCUGAAGCAGGAACUGCAGUACUAUGAGGGGAUGUCGGCUGCUCUCAAACCGUCAGGGGCGUACAUCUUCAACCCACGUGGAGUCACAGCCAAAUCCUUCCACUCCAGUGUGAUAACCACAGUGCUAAAGGGAAAGUUGGUGACGGAAGUUCAUCAAAACUUCUCCGACUGGGCGUCCCAAGUGAUUCGCCUGUACGACUCGACAAAUUACGUGGAGAUAGAGUGGACGGUGGGUCCAAUCCCAGUCGCAGAAGACUACUUGGGUAAAGAGGUCAUUGCAAUGUAUAAGUCCGACCUGAACAAUCAUGGCAAAUUCUACACAGACUCAAAUGGCCGAGAGAUCAUGGAAAGAAGGCGAAAUCACCGAGAUACCUGGGUGUUAGAAGAACAUAGUCCUGUGGCUAGUAACUACUACCCAGUCACAAGCAAGAUUUUUAUUACGGAUCCAACUCGUAACAUACAACUAACAGUAUUAACCGACCGCUGUCAGGGAGGAUCCAGUAUUAGAGAUGGGGAAAUAGAGUUGAUGCUACAUCGACGUACUACGCGUGACGAUAAUCUGGGAGUUUCCGAAGUUCUCAGUGAAAAGGGACAAGAUGGACAGGGACUAAUCCUUAGAGGCAAACACUACCUGUUUAUAGACACUAUAGAGAAAUCUGCACGACUUCAUAGAGAAAUGUCUCAACAAAUUCAUUUACCACCGACAUUAUCGUUCAUGCCUCUGAGGACGAGCUACGAAGAAUGGCAAAAGAAUCAUGCAUUGUCGUGGUCCGGCUUGCAAAACGCCUUGCCGGACAAUGUCCAGUUAUUGACCCUUGACACCGUGCCAGGUGGCAACUCCGAAGUCUUCCUGAUCCGACUGGAACACACAUACGAGGUAGACGAGGACAAACAGUAUUCGGUGCCAGCCGAGGUCUCGCUACAGGCAUUAUUUUCACCAUUUCAAAUAGACGAGAUAGAAGAACUUAGUCUUGGUGCUAAUUUCCAGCAGUCUGAAGUUCACAGACUCAAAUGGAGAACUACAAAAGGAAAAGUAACUCCAGAACACAUAGGGCAUGUAUCACACGACCCAGAGGCCAGUGAUGGGAUGACAAUUGUUCUCAGACCAAUGCAAAUACGAACAUUCCAUAUUUACGUUUCAGAACCAAAAAAGAAUUUUUUAUUUAAGUUCUUCAAAUAAUACAUUCCUUGUAACAUAUUAAAUUAUUUGUGCUUAUUUUAUUUUGACAAUUGAUAAAUUUGUUGUUGAUUUAAUGUGGACUUCUAUAGUGGCACCUUGUAACAAUAACAACUGUAAACGUUUUUGUUUGUUAAGUAAAUAUGAACAACAAAAGCUUUGUUGCAGUUAAUGUUAUAUAUCUGUACAAUGCAGAGUUCUAAGGAUGUGUAACUGUUGUAAUUGAAUGUCGACACAGCUCAGUUGUCUGUAGGAAGUUGAAUGUACACCAAACUAGUCUAAAUGUUUAACUGUUGUAAUUGAAUGUCGACACAGCUCAGUUGUCUGUAGGAAGUUGAAUGUACACCAAACUAGUCUAAAUGUUUAACUGUUGUAAUUGAAUGUCGACACAGCUCAGUUGUCUGUAGGAAGUUGAAUGUACACCAAACUAGUCUAAAUGUCAUGCGGAUUGUUAUUAUUUAUUCUAGUCUAGUCUAGACUAAUCUAGUGUAGUCUAGAAAGUUCAUACCCAGUUGGUAUUAACUGUAAAAGAGGCCGAAUCGCGAUUUCAAGGCACUCAUCCUUGUUAUUAGGCAGUGUAGAAUAUAUUCCGGUUAAAGCUAUUACCAAAAUACUUACAACUUAACUCUUGCUUAAAUUGUCAAUUGUGGCAGAUCCAAUUGGUUGCUGGUUAUUUUGAUGUUUUGUUGUAGCGAAAAAUUCCAUUUAUGCCAAACAGAAAACACACAUACUUCGGAAAUCAGAGUCGGUGCUUUUAAACGGUAUUUAUAUGAAUACAAAUAUGUUUAAUAUGACUGGUGAUUAUUCCACAUUGUGUUCCACACACAAAUACAAUAUAUUGUGACGGGCUAAUAGGCAAAAUCGUCAAUCUAACCUGUUGUGAAUGUUUAUGUUCUACCUCCAGUGCAAAGUGCUCUGUGCUUCUGUUGUGUGUUCUGUAUAGACAGCCCCUUAUUGCUCAGUAUUUUGUAUAAUUAAAUCUUAGCCGACACCGUAGACAAGAUGUACCGGUUCAUACGGAUAUAAAAAAAGUGCUUGAAUUUAAAUUUCGCAACGAGAAGACCUUGAAUUUGUCAAUACGCAUGAGAAGUGCUUGAAUUUCAGAAAUCAACUUAAAAAUGCUUACAUAUUUCCGCUGAAAAAUAUUAAAAUAAUAAUUGACCUUUCUCACGUUGAUUUUCGUGUUAUUCCAACCUUUUUGAGCUAAUGUUAUUACGGUAGUUGGUGUUAUUUUAAUUUUUUUUUUUAUCACAAAUAUCGAUAAUAUAAUUGUUGGAUGAAGUGUUACGAAUACUGACGAAAAUAUGUCAAUACAAGGGUUACCAAGUGACUAUGGUGAAUGCAAAAACCAUUCCAACGUGCUUGAAUUCUGCCUUCCAAACUGUAUUUAAACCUUCGUGUAGCUAGGAGGUGGAUGUACUAUAGUGGUUGUGGGAGCAAUUGCCCUAGUUAAACUAGUUGUCUGCCAUCCCAUCCAGUUUCCACAACCUCUGUGGCUGUGGUAUGUGCUGCCUUGUGUUGUUGGGGGAAAUGCAUAUAAAAUAUGUUUAAAUACUCUUUAUAUGGAAUAGCCUAAGUAGUGGCAAUAGUUUUUGUUUCCCAUUCCUCAAUCAAGUGUUAGACUGUAUGUUAGACAAGAAAAUAGCCAUAGAGUUUAAAGUGCGCUUAGGUGUUGGUAAAAACACAAUCAUUUCCUUUCGAGUGACAAAACGGUUGGAUAUGCUAGCAUUAAGUUGUAUUAUACACAAAUAAACUUAUAUGUUUUCUGUGUAACUGAUGUGUCAAUCUCAGAGUAUUAGUAGCUACAACUAAUAAUUAUGAGUGCAUCGAUAUAUUGAGUUAACAGCUCGGAAAUGUGUGUAAUAAUGUAUUAUUAUUAUUGUUAAAUGUUGUUAUAAAAUCUUGUUUUAAUACAAUUCAUUAUAUAUUGUGUGAACAAACUAAAUAGAACGUUUGUUUCUGUAAAGAAAAUACAAAUUAAGUUAUAGCAAUACCCAGAACAGUGUGUGAACUGGAUUGCAUCAUUUCUUUAUAUAUGUACAUGUGUGGAUAUCGGAAAUAAAAGAUCUUUUGAGAAACGGCGUAAGCAAGUAGACAGUGGGGCUGACUGAGAUCGAGGGCGCAGUUAUUAGGUGGUUCGGGGGUAUGCUCCCCAUAACAUUGUGAAAACUAGAUGUCCUGAAAUGCAAUUUCCUGCAUUCUACAAGUAAAAUGCAUCUCUGCCUUAAGAUUUACUUCCAGUAAUAUUUUUGAUCAAGAAUUAUUGGAGUGGCUAGUGCAUCCCUCCCCCCAGUCCGCCUUGCCUGUUGUUAUUAUUAUUAUUAUUACCACUCUUAUUAUUAUUAUUUAAUGUGUGUUUGUGUGUGUGUUUGUGUGUGUGUUUGUGUGUGUGUGUGUGUGUGUGUGUGUGUGUGUGUGUGUGUGUG